UCGCCCGCUCAGUCGGCGCGGCGCCGCUGGACGUGCGGGCGGGGUGCGGGGUCGCCUCGGCCGCCUCACGUUCUCCCUUUUCUUCUUCCCGCGCGUGUGCCCGGGGCUGCGGCGGCCCGUCCCGCCGGGGUCGGCGGCUCCCGGGGCGCCCCCCUUCCCACCGCCCCGCGCGCCUCCUCAGAGGGAUUUCUCGCCGCCCCUUGUCCGGUGCGGGGGGGCGCCCCCCGGCCCGCGCCCCUUCCCGCCCCGCUCCCGGCCGGGGGCUCGCGGCGCUUCCCUCUGGAUGCGUCCCCGCAGCCCCGGGCGGGAGGCGGCCGGGGGGAAGCGCUGCCUCCGAGGAUUUACCGCCGGCUGGGACUCGGACCCGCGCCGCCGCCGCCCCCUUCCCCGCGGGGGCACCCGGCGCUCCGCCGCCGCCGCCGCUCCAGGCCGCCGCUGCCAUGGACGAGAAGUACCUGCCCGAGCUGAUGGCGGAGAAGGACUCGCUGGACCCGUCCUUCACCCACGCCCUGCGGCUGGUCAACCAAGAAAUUGAAAAAUUCCAGAAAGGGGAAGGAAAGGAAGAAGAAAAGUAUAUUGAUGUAGUCAUCAAUAAAAAUAUGAAGUUGGGACAGAAAGUUUUGAUUCCAGUAAAACAAUUCCCUAAGUUCAACUUUGUGGGAAAACUUUUGGGCCCACGUGGCAAUUCUCUAAAGCGCUUACAGGAGGAAACACUGACAAAAAUGUCCAUUUUGGGAAAAGGUUCUAUGAGGGACAAGACAAAGGAGGAAGAGUUGAGAAAAAGUGGAGAGGCAAAGUAUUUCCACCUAAAUGAUGACCUGCAUGUUUUAAUUGAAGUAUUUGCUCCACCAGCAGAAGCAUAUGCCAGAAUGGGACAUGCAUUGGAAGAAAUAAAGAAGUUCCUAAUCCCUGACUACAACGAUGAAAUCAGACAGGCACAGCUUCAAGAAUUGACAUAUCUAAAUGGUGGUUCAGAAAAUGCAGAAGUUCCAGUAGUUCGUGGAAAACCAUCUAUUCGAGCAAGAGGAGUACCCGUUCCUGCUUUGGCCAGCAGGCUGUGUCUGGGAACUUCACUGCUCACCCCUGCCCCCACUACAAUGAAGUCAAAUAAGCAGCUGGUACCCUGUCCUGAGGAGGCAUUCUACAGAUUAGCCAAAACCAAGGGCCGUGGAGGAGUGCCUCCACCACCGGCGGGAGUACCGAGAGGGGCACCAGCUCCCAGAGGAGUGCCGCCCAGUAGAGGACCAGUCAGUCGUAGCCGUGGACUUCUAGCACCCAGAGCAAGAGGAGUACCUGCACCUGCAGGCUACCGGCCCCUUCCACCGCCUCCAGCACAGGAGACGUACGGUGAAUAUGAGUAUGAUGAUGGUUAUGGAACUGCUUAUGAUGAACAAAGCUAUGAUUCCUAUGAUAACAGCUAUAGCACUCCAGCACAAAGUGGGGCGGAUUAUUAUGACUAUGGCCACGGACUGAGUGAAGAAACGUAUGACUCUUACGGGCAAGAAGAAUGGACCAACUCAAGACACAAGGCACCUUCUGCAAGGACAACAAAAGGAGUCUACAGAGACCAGCCAUAUGCCAGAUACUGAUUGUACUGUCUGAUGUUGUGAAAUAUCCAAUCUCCACCAGUCCUGUAUACUGUUCAAAGUAAUUUUUUCUAUGAACAAUCCCUUUUUAUUAAAUCAAAGCGCUUAAAAAUCUGAAUGGAUGGACUGAACUUAAAAUAUUUUGUUGAAAGAACAACCUGGACAUAAAGAUAUGUAAAACAAGGAACUUUGUUUUUUCCAAACUGUAUUUGAAAAAAUAGGUGAUCAAAAAAAAAUAACCUUUGAUUAACUAGUGUUAAACAAAAAAUAGGUUUACUAAAUAUGUUAGUCCAUUCUUUUAACGUAAGCGUAACCUUUUAUUUUAAAGGUUUUCAAGGAUUUAGUUUUUAGUUUUUAUUUUCAGCCAUUUGCUAGUUUUUCUCUUUGCAAACAUGCGUAAAAAGGGAAGCAAAUUACAAAUGCAAAUAAUGUGGUAUUUUGUAACUCAAGUCUUGAAAUGUUCUGUAGUGUUAAGCAAAGUUUUACCCUUGCUUGAUACUAAAUAAACUUUUGAAAGAAAA